AAUAUGCUCUUAUUUGAUCCAUCAGAUUUUAAGCCAUGGGAAAGAGCUACCCAACUGUCAGUGAGGACUACCAGAAAUCUAUUGAAAAGGCCAGGAGAAAGCUCAAGGGUUUGAUCGCACAGAAGCAAUGUGCUCCUCUUAUGCUUCGUCUUGUAUGGCACUCUGCUGGUACCUUUGAUUGUACUUCAAAGACUGGAGGUCCCUUUGGUACAAUGAAGCACCAGGCAAAGCUGGCUCAUGGGGCUGACAAUGGGCUUGAUAUUGUUGUUAGGCUGUUGGAACCCAUCAAGGAAAAAUUUCCCGAAAUUUCUUAUGCUGACUUUUACCAGCUGGCUGGAGUUGUGGCUGUUGAAGUUACUAGAGGACCUGAAGUUCCCUUCCACCCAAGCAGAGAGGACAAGCCAGGGCCACCCCAGGAAGGACGUCUCCCUGAUGCCACUAAGGGUACGCUCUGCUCUGUACUACUGUGUUAUGCACUUUCUUAA